AUGCCGACGGCUUUGAUCUCAACCGUAUCAAACCACUGUUGUAUGCAGCGCUCGCUGAUAACCCCGACGAUUCUGUCAUCUGGAAUCAAGUCUAUAGCGCGGUUGCCGAAUCCACCCCGCCUCCCCGACCGAUACCCUUGUCGAUCCAAACAAACGCCAUGGAGUCGAAACACGAGCGGCUUCGUGAACUCGUCAGAAUUCUUCCAGAAUGUGGACCCGGUCAUUAUGUUAGAACUCGAACGUCUCUAUGUCGGACUCCACAAUUUCCACAAAGCCUUCUUUGGAAACGUGCCAGACCUUGACAUGGUCUUUGAGGCAAUCUUCCGCAGAUGUACAGAAGGCAACAAUCCACUCUUCAAGGACCGGUGGAGUGGAUGGCUGGCAGGCGCCAAAGAGAGCGACGUGCUGACUUGGUUUGUCGACUUAAUCCCGAAGCUGGAAGCAUUCGCAGGCGACCGCAUUUCGACUCCGCCGGCUCAGCGAAAGCUGUUGGCCGACAUCACAUACAAUCCUGACUCUGAGGAUUCGAGAUAUCGUUGGUCACACAUCCUCGUUGCCGACGAAUUAAAAAGCAAUCCGAAGGCGGAUAAAGCAUCUAUAGCAUGGAUUGAUCUCAAGAUGAGGGUAUGGGAGUUCGAUAGGCUCGGGGGUACCGCCUCCGAGCAAUUUGACAUCAACAAGAAGGAUGGUGGGCUACAGUUUGUGACCACAAUACUCGGAUUCCUCUGGAUGAAUGAAGACGGGCAUGGAUUCGACCCUACCAUUAUCACAUCCGGCGCCGAACGAUAUAUCGAGAUCGAAAGAGACGGCCAGACAGAGCGUCUCAUCAUUGACGAGGUCAUGAAGCGUGCACCUUGCGUCGCCAGCCGGGCGACAAUCUGUUGGAAGGCCCAUCUCAAAGGAGACCUGCAGACGCCGCUUGUGAUCAAGGACUCAUGGCAGUACAUGGACCACGACGAAGAGGGCGAGCUCGUUCAAGAAGCGACUGAGAAAGGCUUGGUUAACGUUGCCCGAUACUACCGCCACGAGACUGUACGUGUCCACGGUGUUAUUGACGACAUUCGAAGGAAUGUUCAAAAGGGACUAGACGUCACGAAAGCCACGAAUUAUCGGCUGGGACGCCUGAUGUUGCCGUCAAGUGCGAGCGCGUCAAAUGUCUUGCGCAAAGGGCGAAGCAGCAGUACUGGCAUGAAGCGGCUAUCCAGCGAAACUGACGCCGUUCUGCCGUCGAGCAAGCGAUCCUUGCAUCGGCGUAUCAUUCUUCGGGACUAUGGAAAGCCUAUCCAUAAGGCGAGCUCCCAUUCAGCCCUGCUUUCCGCCCUAGAACGGUGCAUCGAAGGGCAUGAGUCAUUGCGCACGGCAGACAUACUCCACAGAGACGUCUCCAUCAACAAUCUCAUGAUCAAUGAGGACAACGCUAACUCCUGGCCCUCGUUCUUGGUUGACCUUGACCUCGCUAUCAAGGAGGAACGAGAUGGUGCCUCGGGAGCUCAGGGCAAGACUGGCAAAUGCAUUGGGCCAACUGGGUUGGACGAUUGGAACUACGAGAAUGAUGACAAAUUGGUUGCCUCCAAAAAGGGCGAGAUUGCUGACGAGGAGGAUUUUCUCAAGAAGGCAGAGAAACAUUUCACGUGGUAUGACCAGCCAUUGAUCUCAUGGGUCAAUAGAUUGCGGAGGAAGGUAUCCCCAAACGGUGGGAGGUGGAAGAGGCUGCAGCCGGAGCUCUAUUCCUCGAAGAAGAUCCUUCGCGAUGCCCGGAAGGACCCGGGGGUGUUGGCGGAGGGAUAG